GGAGUUAGAUUACAUUAAAAGUGGUAGAUAAUCUCAGCCUGUCGACCCGCCUGACGCACCAGUAAUACCGUUUACUCUUCGGGCAGCAGCUGUAACUCUGCAGAACAACGCGUCCAAUCGAAGAGCAAACUUGAGAAACAUAGACGAGGCAUUGCGGACGGAUCCAGGUCUCAUCACUUGCAAUUUUUUCUCUCAGAUAGAUUGAAUCGAAGAGAUUGCAAUCUUGUCAUCGCCCGUUUAAGAUUGUGGAAAUAUGCAAUCCCGCAUAUGUGCUCUGUCAGUGCAAUGGCUCCUGCCUCGAAUUCGUUCUCUAAGGAUAAGAAGUCGAGCAGGUCGGAGGAACAGUCGUACUUUGCAUCCAGUGGGACGGAGGAUGUUUCGCGGAACGGUACAAGGUUCGAUUGCCCAGACUCUACCCAUGAGAUUCGUAGUGGGAAGCUCGUGGAGCAUGCGUAGAAGACAGAUCGUUUCUGCCAAGGUAGCAUCGAUCACGGGCAUACAUGACGCGAACACAACAGAAGAAAUAAAAGUUGCGGGCUUCGAGAGGAUAUAUUCCGAACAGCCAAACGCAGAAACCCGAUGUACUUCCAAACGAAAAAUUGACCAAAAGACUCUCAUUCCAACAACAUACGGUACAGAUGUGAAGACAUGGCUCAGACUCGUAGCUUCGAGAUCGAGACCUGGUUAUGAACGACAUCUUGAAGCGAUGUUUCCAAAUCCGUACCUUCAUCAUUCGACCAAAGUCUCACCCAUACACGGCCUUCAAACAGCCUCAAGGAUGAUUGGUUCUCAGGAACGUGGAGCAGUCGAAGGGACAGCUUCAGCCGAUGAAAGCCCCAGGGUACCUUGCUGCAGAAGGACAGCGGGAAGUCGUCGAAUAAACUAUCUACUUAGUUUACGGUCGACAUAACAUUUUUGAUUGCCAUGUAAGCAUCUCGAUCCUGAAAUCAAAUCUAGAUCAUCUCGAAAUUGGCAUAUGAGCAGUUAUAUUUAACAUCUUCAUGCCGAUCAUCCUGUACAAGUGAGACAACUUUCCUGAAGGUUGAUCCAACCAG